CCCUCUAGACUGUAACUCCCUCACCUCACCCUCUAGACUGUAACUCCCUCACCUCACCCUCCAGACUGUAACUCCCUCACCUCACCCUCUAGACUGUAACUCCCUCACUUCACCCUCUAGACUGUAACUCCCUCACCUCACCCUCUAGACUGUAACUCCCUCACCUCACCCUCCAGACUGUAACUCCCUCACCUCACCCUCUAGACUGUAACUCCCUCACCUCACCCUCUAGACUGUAACUCCCUCACUUCACCCUCCAGACUGUAACUCCCUCACUUCACCCUCUAGACUGUAACUCCCUCACCUCACCCUCUAGACUGUAACUCCCUCACCUCACCCUCCAGACUGUAACUCCCUCACUUCACCCUCUAGACUGUAACUCCCUCACCUCACCCUCUAGACUGUAACUCCCUCACUUCACCCUCUAGACUGUAACUCCCUCACCUCACCCUCUAGACUGUUUAUAAAUACAAUAAAAAUUUUAAUCAACCAAAAAUGUUCAGAGCUGAAAAUAUAAUUCAUAAAAGAGAACCACUGCUCUAAACAGAUCAAUACUCAAUAAUCAUCAGUCUCCUGGAAAACUUUGAGUCGACUCAUUUGUUCCUGAAAAUGUGGAAGUGAGUCAGAGACUGAAGUCAGAGUUCAGUAAAGGUCAAAGAACUUAAAAUGUGUGAAAACACGUAUCUCCAGAUGAGCUGUCAAACUUUAUUUGAACUGAGUCAACAGAAAAUGUGUCAAUUUGUGGUUUCAUUUGUUUCACGUAGCGAGAACCAGACAGAACAAAAUACCCAGAAACCUAAAAACCAAACUCGCACUUAUUGUUGAGGGGAUUUCCUGUGAGACAGGAAGCAGAGAAUUAGGCUCAUCAAACGAUGAAGUUUCAGCUUCAAGAGUUUAACGGAUUAUUAUAUUAUUGUAGUUCCUGUCAUAUAAUGUUCUAUAGAACAGGUAGAGCUGGACCCCCAGGUACCAGAGUCUGAUCUGUGGCCCUCUACUGUCACUCUACAGCUGUCACCAUCCAUUAAACGCAAUAAAAGAAUUACCAACAAAAUAAUAUAUAUAUAAUAUAUAUAUGAAUGGUUCCAGAAUAUUAAUAAAGAUAUUCAUUAAUAAAUGUGUUUGAUUCUUGUUGAUUUGUUUUUCAUCCUCUACAGACAAACUGGAUCUGAUUGAUCGUUUUCCUGCAGACAUGAUGCCGACGCCUGAGACGAUUUCUCUGACAAACCACACGAGUCAGAUGCUGUGCGAGCCUCCGUAUGACGAGGGCCGCCUGCCGUUGGUGCUACUGUACAGCGCGGUGCUGGCUGUCGGACUGCCCGCCAACCUGCUGACCGUCUACCUCACCUGGCUGCAGGUGCGCAGGAAGAACGUGCUGGGUGUUUACCUGUGGAGCCUCUCGCUGUGUGACCUCAGCUACCUGGGCACUCUGCCGAUGUGGGCGCACUACGUGAGCGUGGGUCACUUGUGGCCGUGGAGCUCGACCGCCUGCAAGCUAACGGGCUACAUCUUCUUUAACAACAUGUACAUUAGCAUCUUCCUGCUGUGCUGCAUUUCCUGUGACCGCUACAUUGCCGUCGUCUACAGCGUGGAGUCCCGCGGCCUCCGCCGGCAGCGCCUCGCCGUCCUCAUCGCCCUCACCGUCGUGCUGCUGGUCGCUGUCGGUCAUGUUCCCGUCUUUACCAUGAGGGAGGGCAACGCCGAAGAGGGCGACCACCGCUGCUUUGAGCCGAGUCAGAGCAGCACCAUGGUGACGGGCUUCAACUACGCCCGAUUCGUAGUCGGUUUCCUGAUCCCGCUUCUGGUCCUGGUGGGGACCAACCGCGGCAUCCUGGCCAAUGUGCGCCGCAGCACGGGGCUGCGGCAGGAGCAGAAGGUUCGAGUUCGCUGGCUGGCGGUGGCGGUGGUGGCCCUGUUCCUGGUCUGCUUCGCCCCUUACCACAUCAUCCUGCUGGUCCGAGCCGUCCUCUUCCACUUCCCCCAGCUGGAGAACGAGAACUGCCUGUUCGAGAGGACCAUGUACACACCGUACACCAUCUCGCUCGGCCUGUCCACCGUCAACAGCGCUGUCAACCCCGUCCUCUAUGUCCUGUCCAGUGACAACAUCCGCAAAGAGCUGAGCCGAGGCCUCACGCAGGUCUGUGACCGAGCUCACCAGAGACCACGAUCUGAUAGCAGCCAGAACAAGAUCCAGCCCACCAAGAACUCCUGCGUCGCAGAGACCGAGACCGAGAGACAGCCGGGAAGAACCUGACAGGGGGGUCUCUGAUUACCUGUUCAUACACUGUGAACAGCAAAACUGCAGCCUUGUGGAGUCAUUAUGAUUCAAUUCAAUUCAAUUUUAUUUGUAUAGCGCCAAUUCAUAACAGAAGUUAUCUCAGGACGCUUUUCAAAUAGAGCAGGUCUAGACCGAACUCUUUAAAACAUUAAUUACAGAGACCCAACAGUACCACCAUGAGCAAGACCUUGGAGACAAGGGCAAGGAAAAACUGCCUGUUAAAAGGCAGAAACCUAGGACAGAUCCUUCGGCUCUAGGUGGGUGGUCGUCUGUCUCGACCAGUUGGGGUGAGAGAGAGAGAGAGAGAGAGAGAGAGAGAGAGAGAGAGAGAGAGAGAGCGACAGACAGACAGACAGGUGCACAGCAACAACAGUAUUGGCAAUGGCAGUCAAGCAGGACCAUGGCAGGAGGCUCCACCAGGAUCCAUGAGAACCUGCGAGACGAGAAAGCACAAGAACUCCGGGGAAGAAGUGGAGUUAGUAACAUGCAUUAAAGGGACAUGAAUGAGUGCAGAAAGAGAGAGGAAGAGAGUAGCUCAGUGCACCAUGGGAAAUCCCCCCGAUAGUCUAGGCCUAUAGCAGCAUAACUAAGGGAUGGUUCAGGACUCACCUGAUCCAGCCCUAACUAUAAGCUUUAUCAAAGAGGAAUGUCUUAAGCCUACUCUUGAAUGUGGUGAGGGUGUCUGCCUCCCGAACCACAACUGGAAGCUGGUUCCACAGGAGAGGAGCUUGGUAACUGAAGGCUCUGGCUCCUGUUCUACUUUUAGAGACUAUAGGAACCACAAGUAGCCCAGCAUUCAGAGAACGUAGUGUUCUAGUGGGGUAAUAGGGUACUAUGAGCUCUUUAAGAUAUGAAGGGGCCUGACCAUGAAGAGCUUUAUAGGUGAGGAAGAGGAUUUUAAAUUCAAUUCUACAUUUUAUAGGGAGCCAAUGCAGAGUAGCUAGUACAGGAGAGAUGUGAUCUCUUUUUCUAGUUCCUGUCAGUACUCGUGCUGCAGCGUUCUGAAUUAAUUGGAGCGUUUUAAUGGACUUAUUGGGGCAACCUGAUAAUAAAGAGUUGCAGUAAUCCAGCCUUGAAGUAACAAAUGCAUGGAUUAGUUUUUCUGCAUCUGUCUGUGAUAGUAUGUGUCUAAUUUUUCUAAUAUUACGUAAAUGAAAGAAGGCAGUCCUAGAGGUCUGCUUUAUGUGGGAGUUAAAUGACAAAUCCUGAUCAAAGAUAACUCCAAGAUUCCUGACAGUGGUGCUAGAGGCCAAGUUAAUGCCAUCUAGAGUGACUAUAUCUUUAGACAAUGAGUCUCUAAGGUUUUUGGGGCCAAGAACAAGAAUUUCGGUUUUUUCUGAGUUUAACAUCAGAAAAUUGCAGGUCAUCCAGGAUUUUAUGUCCUUAAGACAUGUUUGUAAUUUAGAUAAUUGAUUAAUUUCAUUGGGUUUGAUUGAUAGAUAUAACUGCGUAUCAUCUGCAUAACAGUGAAAGUUAAUGGAGUGAUUCCUAAUAAUGUUGCCUAAAGGGAGCAUAUAUAAAGUAAAUAGUAUUGGUCCAAGUACAGAACCUUGUGGAACUCCAUGACUAACUUUAGUAUUUAUGGAGGAUUCAUCGUUAACAUGUACAAACUGAGAACGAUCUGAUAAGUAUGACUUAAACCAGGUUAGGGCAGUUCCUUUAAUGCCAAUUUGAUGCUCAAGUCUCUGUAAAAGAAUAUCAUGGUCAAUGGUGUCAAAUGCAGCACUAAGAUCUAAUAAUACAAGUACAGAGACAAGUCCAUUGUCAGAAGCAAUCAGAAGGUCAUUAUUAACUUUAACCAGAGCUGUCUCUGUGCUAUGAUGAACUCUAAAUCCUGACUGAAAAUCCUCAAAUAAACUAUUGUUAUGUAGAAAGUCACACAA